UGGUCCGAAGAAACAAUAGCUUUUAACUUAGACAACGCGAAGACACCUAAAGAAAAACGAUCAGGGUACUCUGUCGUCCAAGUGCAACUUGAAAAUAGAGGUAAGAUUUUCUUCAUUAGGGUGUGGUUGUUAUCGUUGUUGUCAUAGGUGCUGUGCUGUUCAUAAAGUUAGAAAUGUCUGUAUGAAGUAAAAACUUUCAUUUUUAUUCAUUUCAGGAAUAAAGUACAAUGUGGAUUCAAUAAUAAACAAAUGGAAGAAGAUGAAGAAACAGUUCAAGAAAGAAGUGGAUAAAUCCACAAGAAGUGGGACUGGUCGAAGGGAAAAAUGGCGAUAUUUCGACGAUAUGCAGGCCAUUUGCGGGCAUCGAGACAACAUUACACCAACAGUUUUGUUGGAAUCCUCAAAGGAUAAUGACCAUUCUGAUCAUUCAGAGGGUGAAUCCACUAAUGAUACUGAAAGUUGCGAAAUUGGUAAGAAUGUCAGUGUGUGGUUUGUUUUCCGUUAUGGAAACAUUGGACGGUCGGUCAUGUAUUUUUUUAAUUCCCCUACCUUAUUUACCAAUUAUCUUUAAAUAACCAUAAUGCUGUUGUUUGUUAUUUUUGUAAGAUCUGUGGAGCAAUUCGACCUUUGAAAGUGGCAUAGUUGAUGAACAGCAGACUAGUGAAGGUCAAAGCACUAAGGUACAGGUGGACCUGAAAGACCUUGAGAAAGACCCAGGACAAGAAGGGAAAAAGGCCCUUAAAAGAGAUGCAGAAACCUUGAGUACUUCAAGAAAGCCAAAGAAAACUAAGUUAGAAAAGUCCCUUAAACUGUUGUGUGAUAGCUUUAAGGAAGCAACUGAAAUGGAGAUGAAACAGCAGCAGAAGAUUGAAGAAGAGCGCCAUAAGAGAGAAAUGGAAUUUCAGUGGAAGUUAAGGCAACUGGAAAUGAAACGAAGACGAAAAGAAAGGCAACACGAGUUGUCAGUUUUAUAG